GAAGGAGGGCAGCUCAAACUGAACAUCGCAUGCUCCGCGCUCACCUACACAGUCUCCACAGUCGCACCUCUGCUGCUCCACAUGUGGCCCCCCCUUUGCUGGACUGGACCAAUAAAUAGGUUAAACUCUGUCGGCGACUGUCAGCUGUCAGUGGUCAGGAGAUCCCUGGCCACCUCACCGUCCGUGCGUCCACCUCGCCGCUUGUGAGGGCCGAUCUGCGUUCUCAGCUCUCACCGGGAAAUCGUCCUCUCUUUGUCCGUCUGGAUUCGGUAAGAUUUGAAUCCCCGCGUCCCACUGAUAUAAUAGGCGGCAGCAGCGGCAACAGCAGCAGCAGCAACAGCAGCAGCUCUUUUAAGACCCAGACCCGUGGGCGGUAGGGUGGCGUCUGGAUGAGGAUCAGCAGGCGCUCUUCACUUCUCUGCUGCUUCAUCCCAACAACACCCCCCCACUUCUCAAGAUAUGGCAAUGAGAAGAAGUGAGACGUAGAAAACGGAUGGGAGGCCAUACAUGUGGAUCUGGACUUCAGCUAGAAAGGACAGAAUCUCCUUGUCAGCAGCAGCAACAUCACCACCUCCUCCCUCCUCCUCCUCCACCACCUCCUCCUCCUCCUCCUCACAGCAUAACCAGUUGAUAUUCUCUUUAAAUAACUGUCAAAAAAGUGUUGAGCGCAUGACAUACUGAUGAAUCCCUGAGACAAGUCCAACACAGGGACUGAAUGAGUCCAUCUUUGGCUGUCGGACGGACUCCUCAAGAGCGCAAGACGGAUGCAAACAGACUAAACACGUCUUGGCAAUUCAGAGCAGCAGCAGCAUCUCCGCCAACGCCGCUCCGCAACCGAGCGGGCUAAAUCUCACAGCGGGGGGAAAGCAGUCGUUUUCACGGGCAGGGAGAAGAUGCCAUUCCACCAUGUGAGGGCGGGCCUGCUCUAUCCAGACAACUACCUGAGCAACUCCCUGACAGAGGACAGGGAAUCCUUCCAGCUCACCAGCAUCUCCACAGAGGAGCUGGGAGAGAUCCGCGAGGCUUUCCGUGUUUUGGAUCGCGACGGGAAUGGUUUCAUCUCCAAACAGGAGCUGGGCAUGGCCAUGCGCUCCCUCGGUUACAUGCCAAGUGAAGUGGAGCUGGCCAUUAUCAUGCAGAGACUGGACAUGGACGGGGACGGCCAGGUGGAUUUUGAGGAGUUUAUGACAAUACUCGGGCCAAAGCUGCUCUCAUCCGACAACAGAGAAGGAUUUCUGGGCAACACCAUUGACAACAUCUUCUGGCAGUUUGACAUGCAGCAGCUGUCUCUGGAUGAGCUGAAGCAGGUGCUGUUCCACGCCUUCCGGGACCAUCUGACGAUGAAGGACAUAGAGAACAUCAUCAUCACAGAGGAGGAGAGCCUCAACGAAAACUCAGGGAACUGUCCUGAGUAUGAGGGAGUCCAUCCUAAGAAGAAGAACCGGCAGACGUGCGUCAGGAAAAGCCUGAUCUGCGCCUUCGCGAUGGCGUUCAUCAUCAGUGUCAUGCUCAUCGCGGCCAACCAGAUGCUGCGGAACGGCAUGGAGUGACCAAUUGCACUGUGAGCACGGGGAGUGGACAGGACAGCCACAACCUCACACACAUCUUGUCUUUGCAGCCAAAGCUGGAGCAGCCGCAACCCGAGCACUUCUCUGAACAAUCAGUUGACCCCAGUUUCUUUUUUUUCCUCCCCCUCUCCUCCUUUUGAUUUUAAUUUGAAAGACACCGUGCAAAGUUACCUGAGUCGGAAAAGAAUUGUGUUUUAUAUCAAUCAUAGGGAAUACCAGUACGGUUUUAUCUUGAUUGUCUAAUUACUGAGAAUGUUUAUCAGGUGCUUUGAGCCAUUACUAAUUAGAAAACAACAAUAGUUAUUAUUGACUACUGCAUAUUUACCCCUAUAAAGUUGCACUGAAUGUGAACAGAGUGAAUGUGGGCACUGAAUGUCGGGCACAGUAUCUAAAACCAAUUGUAAAUCUCUCACCUCGCACCUCAUGCAGUCUUGUGGAAAACAUCACACACCGUCUGUGUAACAACAUCUGCAUCCUCGGCUCACCUCACCAAUCCCGGAGCACAUGGAAUAUUUUCUGUGUAUGUAUCUACGUACGAGCAGCACAACUUAAUACUCAGCGAGGGGCGACUGUCCCGCUAUCUCUAGGUCGACUGGUCACGCGUGGGUCAUGUGUGGGUACUUAAUGUCCACCCUGUAAAUAUAGGCCGUCUUAACAGGUGUAAAAAAUAAUAAUAAUAAUAAUAAUGCCCACAUGUCAAAUCUAUCAAGUGAAACUGAAGUUGUUAUUUUUCUUUUUUGCAUAUUAAUACGACCACGCUGGGAUGUGUCAAGAAGACAUUGGAAGACAUGAGUGUCGAUCUACUGCCAUAGCAGACAUUUCUCUAACUGCUAACUUUAGUUUGUGUAAUCUAUAAAAAAAAAAAAAACACCAAGCUGUAAUUAUAUAUACAGCCAGUUGCUUGGCAAGUGUUGCAUUCUAGUGGUUCAAAUGGAAACUGCAGCUCAAUGCUGGAGUAAAAAACAAGCUGGAAGUUCACUAGGGCAGUUUGGUUGUGUGAAAUAGUGAACGCUCAACUAUUCUAAGUUAUAUCUUCCCUAAAUCCUUAUUUGAGCAGUUGCAGUACAGUUUAGCAGUGGGGGGGGGCGAUUAUGAUGAUGAGGAGAAAGUUUGGAAAGGACCUUGUAGGUGUUUACAAUCGUGCUCCUCUUUUAUAACAGGGAUGCCCCAAGGUUGAGCAUCCAGAUGACAACACAGAUUUAAUUUGAGAAGUUUUUUUCUCCUGUGGGUGCAAGGCUGGGCAAUAAAAAAAAAGAUGUCACUGGUAAAUCUACCGUUGUUGGAAUUAUAUUGUGACUAUAUAUAUGUUUGUAUUCUGUUCAUAUCUCUCGUCCAAACAAGUUCUUUUCUACCUUUUAUUGUUGAGAAUGAACACGCUUGCGUGGACCAUGUUUGACUCCAGCGAGCGUCAUUCCCAUCCCCUUUUUAAUGUGACUGUUUUGUGAUAUUAUGAGAUGUCCUCAAAACAGCAUUUUCAAUAAUAUUGUGGCAAUUAUUUGUAUUAUAACAGAUUUGUUGACAUUUACUACUAUUGAUUACAACACCAACUCGUAUGGAUUUAUAAAUUGCAUGGUGCUGCCCCUCGGACAUACCCUGAUCAUCAUUUCCAUUAAUUCCCCAGAGCAAUUAAUUAUUUGGUCUCUCGUUUUUUUUCGCUGGCCUGAAUGAAAACAUGACAAAACUAAUGUGAGAAAAAAAAAGGUUUGUAUGAUUAAGUACAACAGCAAAAAUGUAUUAUACUGUAUAUCAGUAUGCAUGUCGUUUCGAUUCCCAUGUCCUUGGAAAAAACAAGGGAAUCCAUUUACGUACUCCUUUCUUUGUGGUGACACAGCCUUGAUUUAAAUGUAGGUAUUAUGUACUACUGUCACAUAUUCAUUUUUUACUGUAAUAGCCAUUUUUCUAGUUUUUAACCAGCUAUUAAUCAAACCACAGUGCAGGGGAGGACAUUUUCAUAAAUAUGCAAAUACAAUGUCACGUCAUCAUCAUCAUCAUCACCAUCUUUUUCAUCUCUGUUUCAUGUCAUCUGGAGUCUGUGGGUCUCGACGCUGGACAGUUCAAAUUGUAUGUAUAAUCUGCUGUAUAAUGUACGCUACACUUACUUUUGUCCAAGUCCAUUAAUGUCUUUGAUAUUCUCAGUACAUUUAACCUGACGGACCAUGUUUUCACCUGUGUCUAUUCGUGUCACGGUCCCCUUUUGAAAACCAGCAUAAAUCACUUGAUCUCAGCCACUCUCGAAAUAUCUGUGCCAUUCAGACAUUCUUGUACAGGAAACCUAUUUAAGAAAAAGAAACAGAAACAACACAAAACAACAUUAUUAUGCUGUACAUCUGUAUCAAGAAUCCGUUCUUGAUUUUUCAUGUUUUUUCUGAUUUUGUUUUUACCAAAACAACCAAGCGUGUUUUUACCUUGUAGAUUGUACAGAGACAAAAACAAGAGACAGAUCAUGUUAUACACACAACCUUGGCAUGCUGCUUAGAAAUCAUGAAAGAAAACAGCAAUAGUUACCAACUGAAUGGAUAUCUAAAAAUGCAGAAAACAAAUUGAAUCUGUUUAAUCUAAAAAAAAAAAAAUCUAUAUAUCUAUAUACCCAUAUAUGUUUAUGCAAUAAAACCUUGUUUUUAUAGAAAAGGG